CAGGCUGGAGCAGACGCGCAGUCCCCCGGCGGGCCGACUCUCAGGGCAGCCGCGACACCCGCACCCCGAGGGACGCGGAGCGACACCACUGUCGCUCAAGGCAGAAGCUCGAGCCGGCGCUGCCUCGGCGCCGCCAGAGGCCCGGUGGGCACUAGACACCGGCCCCAGGCGCGAGGCCUUCACCCCCCUCCCCACCCCCCCUCACCUUGCCGUCGGUGCGGGCAUAGCGGCGCCCAUGGCCCGGGUAGAUCUUGUACCCGCUGAAGCUGCACAGCUCGACCCUACGUGGGACAAAAGAGUUAGCAGAGACCGCGGCUCAGCCCGGGGGAAAGGCGCGGCCCUCCGGGCCCCUCCCCCGCGGCCGAUGGCGGCGGAUGGAGGGACGACGGCGGCGGGGAGCCGCCAUAGCGCUUACUUCAUGAUGGCAGCAGCUCCGACACGGGCGGCGGCUGGGGAGAAGAGGAAGAGAGGAUCAUGGGAAAACGCCUUCUGGAGGCCGCGCGCUGCAUGCCGGGAGGCUUCCGCCGUGCGGGGCGUCACGGGGCUGCCUCUUUCCCGCGGGGAGGGGCAGCCCUCUGGGAACGGCUUGGUAGUUAACUGGUCGGGUCAAGGAUUGCAAAAACUGGGUCCAACCUUACCCUGUGAUGCUGAUACUCACGCUCUGAUUCUGGACAAAAACCAGAUAAUUAAAUUGGAACACCUGGAAAAAUGCAGGAACCUGAUGCAGCUGUCUGUAGCCAACAAUCGUUUGGUACGAAUGAUGGGUGUAGCAAAACUGACUAAGCUCCGGGUACUAAAUUUGCCUCAUAACAGUAUUGGGUAUGUGGAAGGGCUGAAGGAUCUGGUGCACCUGGAAUGGCUGAACUUGGCAGGAAAUAACCUGAAGGCCAUCGAACAAAUCAAUUCCUGUCUAUCCCUUCAGCAUCUUGAUUUGUCAGACAAUAACAUAUCUCAGUUAGGAGAUCUCUCCAAGCUUAUCUCUCUAAAGACUCUAUUGCUACAUGGAAAUAUUAUAACCUCACUUCGUACUGCCCCUGUUUGCCUACCUCAGAAUCUGACAGUUUUUUCUUUGGCAGAAAAUGAAAUCAGAGACUUAAAUGAGGUUUCUUUCCUGGCUUCUCUUCCUCAACUGGAACAGUUGUCGAUUAUGAACAAUCCUUGUGUGAUGGCCACACCUUCUAUCCCUGGCUUUGACUAUAGGCCAUUUAUUGUCAGCUGGUGUCUGAACCUUAAAGUUCUUGAUGGAUAUGUGAUUUCUCAGAAGGAAAGUCUGAAGGCAGAAUGGCUCUACAGUCAAGGUAAAGGAAGAUCAUAUCGACCUGGACAGCAUGUUCAGUUAGUCCAGUACUUGGCUACUGUUUGUCCUCUUAUAUCUACAUACGGUCUUCAGACUGAAGAGGAUGCCAAACUGGAAAAAAUAUUGAGUAAGCAAAGGCUCCACCAAAGGCAGCUGAUGCAUCAAAGCCAAAACGAAGGACCAUCUACAUCUUCCACUCCCAGCAAAGCACUGCCAGUUACUUAUGAACACGGCAGUCCAGCCCAACAACCACAGAUAGUUCUUGAAAGUGAACCUGUCAUCCAGAAGAAUUCUUGGGUUGGACCAAGUGCAAAUGAUGAUCAUUCCUAUGCAGUAAAGAACACUUUUCCUCUUGAAAGAAGUUGUUGCAAGGAGCUAUACCUUGAAGAUAUACAGACUGAUGAGGACAAACUAAACAGCAGCCUUCUAUCUUCAGAGUCUACUUUUAUGCCAGUUGCUUCAGGAUUGUCUCCAGUGUCUCCUACUACAGACCUGAGGCUACAUGGAAUCAGUUUGGACCUGGAAGAAGAUGGUGAUACAGUGAUUGAAUCUGUGAAAGAUGUUAAUAGGGAGGAACAAGCUAACAAGCAACAAGAAGCUGCUUGGCUUACACGAGAGCACUCCAACAAAGCAGCGGAAAGUGUGGAAACUCAUGAGACUAUUAAAGAGAGUAAGCUGUUGCCGUCUUCUGAUCCAAUAACAGCUAACCCGACUGCUAAUACUAGCAACAGUUCAGCAUCUUCUGAAGAUCACAUUCUGCGUUGCCACCCCAGCACAUCACUAGGUGUUGAGUCAAUAGUUACAACUCUUUGUCCUGACCCUGUGGCAGGAGAAAAUUCUGAUUUGUUAGCUGCUGUUAAUCGAGGUGCAGAUGAACUACAACAAAUGACUAAAGCAGCUACAAAGCUUCAAGCCUGCUGGAGAGGAUUCUACACGAGGAACUACCAUCCGCGAGCCAAGGAAGUGCGGUACGAAAUUCGACUAAGCAGAAUGCAGGAGCACAUCCUUUGCUUAACUGAAGAAAUACAAAAACUAAGAAAAGAAAGAGAAGAAGAUAAGAUUCAAAGGCUUGUGCAGGAGGAGGCAGUCAGAUUUCUUUGGAACCAGGUUAAAUCCCUUCAACAAUGGCAGAUUUCAGUGACCCAAAAUUUAGGUACUGCUUGGCAACCUGUGGUCCCUUCAGCCAAUGCUUUUUGUCCCUCUGAACCAUCUAUUCAGUCGUCCACACUUCAGCAAGAAACCUCACCAGAUGUUAGUUCUGCUUGGUUAAUUCCAGCUAGUGAUCCUCCUCAGGAAAAAUCCUUACUUCAGUUCCCAGAUUCUGGCUUUCAUUCGUCCGUGGAUAAUCAGACUCAUGCCAGUGACUUGUGUAGCUCUGAAAAGAGUUUUACAGAAGGAGCUGAAAGCUCUCUUUCUAUGGAAACAGUCAAACAGUGUGGCAAUUCUGUUUCAGAGUGUCCUUCCGAUGCAGAGGAUGGCCAGGGGGAACAUGGGAAAAGUAAAGAGAGCUCUAAUAGCGAACAGGACAACAGUCUUCUACAACAAUAUUUGAAAUCUGUUCAGCAGCUGGAAGAGGCUGAUGACGGGACAAAAUGUGAUGAUGGAACAGAGGAUAGUGACCCACAGAUUGCUAUUUCAGCAGAAAACCAAGAUUUGUCAUCUGAUGCUGUCUCUGUAGAUGUCCCUGAAGGCACAUCUUCCCCUGCACGAGGCGAAAUCAGUCAGACACCAGAAAGCUGCAAACUGAAUUCGGGAAUGGUAGAAGGGAAGCAAACAGACUGUGAUUCUUCGUUUCAGAUGCUGCAUGUUGGCAUAGCUGUAUAGUAAACUCAGUUCCAUGAAGGACAAGGGAUUCCAUUUCAUUUUACUUUCUUUUUCUUUUCCCCAUUUAUACAAAACUUGCAUUUUUCAUGUGUGCUGUUUUGGAUUUUAGACUUCUGUUACCAAUUUAUGUUUUAAUUAGCAUUUUACUAAUCUUGCUGAAGACUGACACUAACUAUGGUAACCUCAAAUCAGCAAAGUUCUUAGUGGUGGUCAUGGUGCGCUUUAUUUUUGCAUAUCUAAAUGAUAUAUUAAUAACUGGGUUCCAUGAAAUAAAUUCUGAAGAUUGUGGGGAUAUUUGUGACUGUGUUAGUAAAUCUUUGAUUUUUUUUUUCUAAAAAGCAGAUGAGUUCUUACUCUGCAAAAAGAAGGAAACAAUAUGUAACUGAGCCAAUAUAGACAGUCUGUGCAUGUAUGGAUAUAACCUGAGGAGAAAGAUGAAAGCAGUUGCCUUUUAGACUUUUUGUUGACUUUAACAAGAGCAAUUUUAUCAGUGUUUCAAAGAUGGGUUUCCUCAAGGCAGUGUUCCAAAUCAGUGACUUUUUUUUGUCCUUUAGCUGAAGUUGCUGGCAAGGAAUUAGGUUAUUUACAGAGGCACUGAAACAGGGACUUAAGGGAGUCAAACCCUAAGGAACUUUAAACAAAUUUUGGCCUUUGUUUCCCCUGGGGUUUAAAUUUCCUGUUCUUUCUCAGGUAAGACUCAAAAUGGAACCAGUAGCAGGCUUUAUUAAAUAAGAGUUUCAAAAGGACAUGUGAGCUGGGAACAUAGUUUUCAAGACCGCACUGCUGGGUUACAGUAGCAGACUUAGUGACAUGUAUUUGGCCUCCAGGAGGAUGCCACUGUCAUCUUGGGACUGGGAUCUGCAUGGCUUCUAAGACAUCAGUGUGUUUGACGGAUCACAACUCCUUCUAUCUUCAGGUAUAAACAUUAAAAGGAAAUGUCAUGAGUUAAAACUAUUCCUUGCCAUCUCUGUUGGUUUUUUGUUUGUUUUUCUUUUUCUCCAUAUGUUCACUGUUUGACAUUCUGAUUAGAUGUAGAUUAAAAAGCUGUGUCUCUUGUCUGUUGGUGAACGUGCUAAGUCAACCAGGCUAUGCUUUCCACUUAAACUCUAGGCAAGUAAUAGGGUUUGUAUUUUGCUUAGCCAUUGCUAUAUUCUUUUUAUUAAAAAUGAUCAGUUAUCUUAGUAUACCACAAAAGUGGCAAGGGAAAUCUGUUCUGCCAUGUGAUUGGUAAUGGACAUAAAAAUUAACUGACCCACAGAAGUCAUGACCUCAAGUUUGCUAAUACUGCAUUUUGCAAUGUGAAAGACCAGUGCCUCAACAGCUUGCUUGUAUUAAUUCCUCUGAGGUCAACAGUGUCAAUCAUAGGAAUGCAGGUAUGAAGGAUCAUAUCCUAACUCUCUGAAUCCACAGAUUUUAACUUUUGGUGCUACUGCUUCAUUGAAAUCAACUCGUGCUUUUUUAAAGCAACUCUUCUGACCAUGUUACCAUAUAAAAUUGUUUAAUUUUUGUAAAUGCCUUGGUUACCUGUCUGUUUUAGGUUCGGAGCUGAAAUUCACCCCUACUCAAAAGUCUGGCAUGAGGCCAUUGUAAUGAGUCCUCAGAAAUAGCCUUCUUUGAGAACAUAAGUGGACUUUGGAUUGGACUUUCACCAGCGAUCUGGCCAGUGGUGAAGUUCACUCUGAAAGAAUAUAGCUUACCUUUGUAGAUACAGUAGCCAUCCUCGCUUUUUCUGAAAGUUCAAGGAGAUUAACUUCUCAGGAGAGUUGUUAAAGCAGUCAAGCUGGCAUUUGACUGUGGUUAGCACAGAUGAGAGCAUUUAAAAAAAAAUUGAAGUGGUAGAUUUUUAAUGCGCUGUCUUUCCAACCCAGCCUAGUUUACAGUGUAUUUGUGGUGUAACAGUAUUCUUAAUUAGAUUUUAGGGCAUGAUUGUGCAGUGCUCUGUAGAUACCCAAAUAAGCUUGGGUAUUGGAAGUGGUACGGUUGCAUUAAGGUAUCACACCAUAUAAUUAGCUGUUCAGAGAAGUGUGUAGGCUUCAUGGAUGUGCCCUUGUCCUCUGAAGGAGAUCGAAGUUCUCAACUUUCAUUUAAAUUACUCUUGGAACACACUCUUGGAGAUCUCUGCAAUUUACAGGAUUUGGCUCUUUGACUGUCAGUCUGUUAUAAUAAUCUCAUGUGAUGCUUUAAAGAGCCUUUCUUUGGUUUAUUGAGAGAGAAAUUAUUUCUGUCUGUGAGACAGUUGUUGGAUCAGACUCUGGAGGCAGUGGUUGGGUACAAGGAACAAUGAGUUCUCUCUCUAGUGGCAGAGUGCUGGAUUAGCAUGUGUAAGACCAGGAGAAAUUAGACUGCUAUCUGGAUAAAAAUAUCACUUACUGAAGACACUGAGGCACUACAAAUAUUUUGUUAUUUUACAUUAGUGCCUCUUUUGCUGCAAAAUUAGAUAGAGGAGAAAUAAUUUCAAUUUUGGAGGUGUCAAAGGGUGAUAAUUUGAAAGUAAUUUUUCAUGGAAGCCCGCAAAGUUUCUUGACAUUUUCUCUGUUCAUAGGGCUUACAAACACAAAUGCAUGAAGAUUGACUUUAAAUAAUGCCUGGAUCAGCUGUUGGCUUUUCUAACUUGUAAUGUAGUAUAUCCAAAAUUGAUUUUGUGAAGAUACAGAAGAAAGUGUGCCAACAUAUACUCAGCUUUAUCUUACCACUUUUUGGGAAGCUUUGAAAUAUGAAAGUUAAUUUUCUGAUAUUGUGAAAUGUAUCUUGCAUGUGUAGAAGAUCAGUUGCCUAAAUAUAGCAUAUAGAAAUCAUAUAGAAAUGUAAAGUUUUUGAUUGGUUUUUACAGGGUUAAAAGUAAUUAGUUUGUACAUACACAAAAUAUUUUUGUCUCAACCAUUAAAAAUAUAUGCAGGGAAAGAGAUAAGGUAUACAUUCAAAAACCAUGGAAUUAAAUUUGAUGUGUACUUAAAAUAUGGCUUCUUUCAGUCCACAUGGAGCUCUCAAAGAAUCACUUUACAGAAGUAUCAUAGUUUAAUUUGUGGUUUAAUGUUUAUUCUUGUUUGUCUGAAUAAGACUUUUCUUUAGGUAAUAUUUUUCCUUGGUUAUUUAUACAUAACUCCUUUUGGAGUUGAUGGAAAUUUCAUAAAGGAAUCAGAAGGCCUAACAUAUGAAAAUCUAUGUUUGUAAUUUUCCUGUUAUAGAAUGUCUUCAGUACUUCCCUUUUGCAAAGCUUUAUAUUCAACAGAAGAACGUGCUUACUGUUAAUGGUUAUUUGUCAGGCAAUGUUGUCAGCUCUGCCACUAGUACGGUUUAAAUGCUUUCUUAUUUGCUUCAGUAAAAUUAGCCAAAUUUACAUCAAUAGCUCAGAUUAUCUAAACUGGUAAGCCAGCACAACUGUGUCCAGAGUGAAGUAGUUGGCAUAUGUACAGCUUUGUGAGCUAGUCUGGCAGAAAUGACUCCUUGACCUGUUCUGAAGGUGGGGACAAAGGGGAAGAGAGAGGUGGAUUUAUGGGUUUUUUGUUGUUGUUGUUGUUUGGGGGUUUUUAGGUUUAGUCUUUAUUGAUGAUGAUAUCAACUCUGCUAUUUCUUUUUUUUUUUUUCCUCACAAUUGUGUUAUGGUUUACAGAUGUCUUGCUCUUCCAUGUAAUCAAGCAUGCAGAUUUUCUACUGUAUGUAAUAAUUGAUGGACACCAUUGAGAUAAUAGUUUGAAAAAAAAAGACUAUCAUGAAAGAAAACCUGUCAGCAUUUUAUAUUUCCAAGUUGUUGGGUUUUUUAGGGUGGUAGGAGGAUAAUGAGUCCUCCAUAUGUUAGAUAACUUCUUCCUUUCAGAAGAAAAAAACCACAAGAAAAUGCCUCAUUAAUGAAAAUAGGUAAAUUUAUUUUUCUGCCUUCUUCUGUGAAAUGUGUUUAAUGGUCACAACUCUCUGUUCUUCAUACCUAAAACUGUCAUUUAAAUGACUGGGAGAUUUAGCUGCUCAAUGAAUGCAACAAUCCUAACAUAUUACCGUGGUGACUAUGCUGUGUGGUGCUAUUUUAUGAACAAAGUAAGCAUGUGUUGCAUGGAUGGGAAUUAUGAAAGGUAUAGAACAUUGGCCUAAGUCUGCUUUUGUUUCCUUAAAGGAAGCAAAGCCCUAGUUAAGUGCUUAUGAACUGACUAUCUAAAUUGAGAUUUUAUCAUAUUUACAUCUUCAAAAGUGUUCUUACUAUCACAGAGCAAGAAGGCAUUAAGACUGCAAAUUUGAUUUUGUUACUUCUAAAAUCAAAUAGCUUUCAGCAAAUAUUUGUGAAAGUCCUUGCUAAACUAAAUUGUGGAAGUCUAAUAGUUUUAUUUACAGUUAAGUUCCUUAAAUAAACAACCCUAAACCCUACCGCAUGCAUGCAACAGCUUAAAUAAUGCACUUAGGAACCAGUCUGUCUAUAUAUAAAAAAUCAGUUUGUGUGGUUUUUUUAUAUUGUUAUUUCCUGGAUAAUGUUGUAUGUCAUUGAGCUUGCAAGUUGUUCCUGAUUUUUAUGAAUUUGUAUAUAUUGUCUGAAGAACUCCAAGUUUUAUUUCUAAUUGUAGCAGGUUGUUUGAGGAGCUAAAAUGGAAGAUACAUUACUCCGAGAUGACUUAGGUAUAUUUUACCGGACUUGAAGUUACAGUGUGUCUCACACAGAUGACACAUUUUCCUGAGAGGAUAGAAUUGUAGCAUGUAGUGGAGACUCACUGAAUGACAAUAAAAUGUAAAUUGGUCAGUUUUCCUGCUUUUAACUAGUGGAAAAGAGACUCUCUUUCUUGUUACAUUAACUUUCCUUUUUUUUUCUUUUUUCCCCCUGAGGACUGUGCCACCCAAAUAAAUGAACAUCAAGUUCUGUUGAAAUCUGUCAAAAAGUCUUCUUUUGUAGUUACAGGUUAUUUUCCCAGUGUGGCUUUCCAGGACAAGUUAUUGCAAAAAAAAAAAAGCACUUGUUUUCUAGGUGCCUGCCUUGAUAGUCAGGACUUUUUGUGUCUAUUUUUAAAUGCUUUGUUCUGAUAAUAGAAAAGCACAGGAGCCUUUACUUGGAAAACCAUGAAACAGUAUUUAUCAGGAAAGGUGCUUUACCUCUUGGAAAGUGCCAUGUCAGGUUUUAUUGUAUAAACUAAGAGCUCUUGAUAAGAAACUUCUUUUACAGCUUCAUUGCAUUUAUAAAUACAUGGACCAAAUUCACUCGUAGUGUAAUUCUACUGAACUAAAUUUUGUUGAAUCUUUCACAGUAGUAUUCUACCUCUAAACUAGAAUCGGAAAAAAGAACAAUUAGGCCUUGAUUUGUCUUUCUACUUCUGUUUUCUUUGAAGAAUGGUGGGUGGUUAAAUUGGUACAGUUCGUAUAUUUUCUAUGAUUGUUUACACUUCUGAAUUUGUUUCUUAAAUAUUUUGUUUGUACCUCUGAGUUUUGAAUUUUAAAUAAAUUAUUUGUACAUUUAUUGAAAAUGUUAA